AAUAAUUUUCAUUAUUUCGAUUCUUUUUUCCGGAUUGUUUUUCGUUUUUUUGGAAUAACUUUCUGCAAAAUAGUAAAAAAAUUAUCAACCGUGCUCAUGGCUUGAAAACAGAAAUACAAUGGUUUCUAUUUUGCUACUUUGUAACCCUCCAAUAUCCUUAGGUUCCCAUAAAUAGGCAGAUGUUUCAAAUGCAAACUUUUUAGUAAAUUGGAUUACACUUGGUGGAGGUUUCAAUGGCAUGAAAGGUAAUCUGACACACUUGAGUGAAUCCAAAAAUCAGCUCGUCGGCUCCCCAGCUAUAAAAUAUCGAUUUUUAGAUACAUCAAAAUAGUUCAGUUUAUUUCUGCUUUCUGAUAAAAGCGGUGCGCAAACACGAUGCGAGUGCCAAUAAUUUUAAUAUUUUUCAUAGCUGUUUCGUCUGGCGAAUUAGAUUUCUAUUCAAAAGUGCGUAAUUUUAGCACACAGCUAUUGUAUUACACCCAACUAGACACACCAGCUGAUGUCGAUGCCGACUUCUUCAUAUCACCAUAUACAGUUUGGUACUUUCUGAUGAUUAUGGUAUCGGAAACCGUAGGUGAUACUCGAGAACAAAUAACCAGGGCGCUCUCAUUGGAUGGCCGAAGUGAUUAUAUGAUAGAAUUCAGGAAUUUGACUAGAAUAAUCAAGAGUCGUACUAUAUUUGGUAACUAUCUCUAUUACGACGUGAAUCUUAAAGUGCGCCCGGACGGUGUCAACAGAUUAAGGGACUUGGGCUUUUUUACGGAACGUUUAAAUUUUAAGAAACCAACGUUUAAAGAACCCAUUGUGCCGAACAUCGAAGAUUUCGUCAAUUCAUCGAUCAUUAUGAGCAAUGCGAUACAUUUUACAGCGUCUUGGAAACAUUCCCUCAAAUCGAACUAUAGUGUAAUCGAAAAUGGUUUCUUUGAAGCGAUGUAUCAUGUGAGAGCGCAUUUUCCUUCUGCAGAUUUUGACUUUCUGAAGGCUUCGGUGACGGAAUUGCCCUACAGUAACGAUAAGUACAGCAUGCUAAUAAUACGACCUCACAGCGGAUACAACGUAUCGCAAGUUUACGUCAAGCUCAAAGACGUUUCGUUGAAGGACAUCGUUGCUAAACUUGAAAAGGACGCUCUUGAACACGGCUUGGUUGAGGUCGAUGUGAUGUUGCCGAGCAUAUCCGCCAAUUCGCAUGUAAUUUUUAACAAACCUUUGGAGAAUUUGGGCCUACUAGAAAUAUUCAAUGGCAAUUCAGCAAACUUCUACAAUUUGGUGGAAGAUGAUAUAUAUAUUUCUGAAAUCACGCAGGGCGUAGAGUUAACGUUUACUGAAGAACAAACGAUCGUGUCCGCGACUAUACCGUCGAAAUCGGGCGGUCAACUGGACAAAUGGAAGAAGAUCGUCCCGUUAAAAAAGCCGUUUAUUUCCUUUAUAAUGGAGAAAUCUACAGGCACCAUUCUCUUCGGUGGAGUUCACUCCAAUAGUCUUGCGGUGCAUAGCUGGUAUACCUAAACAUAGAUCUUAAGGCACGCAAAUUAAAAGGUAUAGUCAGGUAAAAAAUCUACAUUCUCAGACAUUCCUAUUAUUUAUGCUACUAAGGCUUUAGAACCACCUAAAUAUUAUUUACCUACUUAUCAAAUAAACGCUAGUCUAAACUAAUAGGUUAUAAUGCAUUUGAGUGUAUCUUUGUUACGAAUAGGCUCCGACCGAUAAAAAAAACAUCCUUCACCAAUGGAACUAUUUCUACGGGAAUGGUAACUACAAUGGUGACACCGCUGGAGGUUAAGUAGAUGCAAAAAAAAUAUUUUUUUUUUUCAAAUAUACAACCAACUUCAAAAACACAAACGUACUGUUACGUUAUUUGGAUUUACUGAUUAGUUUGAAAGUGAUGCCAGGCCAAUUAUCUAUUUAAGGCAUAUUAUAAGUUUUCUCGGACAUUGUUUUUCCAGAAACGGCUUAAAAUAACACGGCUUGAUACCGACUUCUGAUCAGUGGGUAGUAAAUAGUAUAUAAGUUAUUUUUCGCUUUUUAGUUUCCUGCAUAAGUUUGUAGUUCUACGCAAAUAUUCGAAUUGAGAGCCUGCCUCGGUUUUGUGUCUGUUGAAGACAACGUCUCUUUACGCCGUCUAUACGCCUUGGGAUCUAAUAAACUACGCAAUAAUUUUUAAUGUGGUUUUCAACAGAAUAUAAAAUCAUUCAGAGUUCAUACAUAAUUAUUAUAAAGAAUGUGGUAAUUCACGAUUUACACCCUGUCGAACUCGCGGGUGUCUGUUUAGUAUUAGUAUUU